UCACACGACGACUUUUAUCGGCACACGAUAGGUUUAUAUACACUUAUCGCCUCCUUCUAUCGAUUACCUUUGCACGUUUCGCCGAACAUUACAUUUAAUUUAAAAAAGCACACUUAAAAGCGCAUAAUUCGCGUGGAAAGCAAUCAAAUCAUGUCCACCGUGAGCGCCGCCAGCGGCAGCAAUGCCACCAGUCCGCCGGAGAACGCAGAGAACGUUCGGCCGGAGCCAAUUUUCCGGGAGAUCAACGCAGAGCAGACCGACGAGGUGGUGGAGAUCGAGUCCGCCUGCAUGAACUGCUUCGAAACGGGAGUCACCCGGCUCCUGCCCACCAAGAUACCCUUCUUCCGCGAGGUGGUCCUCAUGUCCUUCAAGUGUGACCACUGCGGCCACAUCAACAACGAGAUGCAGUCGGCAUCAGAGAUCCAAAAGUCCGGCAUUCGCAUCGAACUACAGGUGCAAUCCGUUGCCGAUCUCAAUCGGCGCGUGGUGCGCUCGGAUAACUCCAGUAUCAGCAUACCGGAGGUGGAGUUGGAGAUCCCGGUGCAAUCGCAGAAGGGCGAGGUGACCACCGUCGAAGGCAUCAUCGAGCGGACUAUAGCCGGCUUGUCGCAGGAUCAGGAGAAGCGGCGCAUCGACCAUCCGGAGGCAGCUGAUUCCAUUGAGAAGUACAUCGAGCGAUUGCACCGUUUGAAGGAGGUGACAACGCCCUUUCGCCUGCUCAUCGAGGACAUAUCCGGCAAUAGCUUUGUCGAGAAUCCGCUGGCACCUGCCGUCGAUCCGCAGCUAAAGACUUCGUACUUUACACGCAGCCAGCAACAGAACGAGCAGUUGGGCCUGUACGAACAGAAUCACGAAGAGCAGCACCUACUGAAGCCAAUUGCCGAAGACGCGUGGCCCAUUGAGAAUCUGCACGGCGAGGUGCUCCAGUUCCCCACCAAUUGUCCCAACUGCCAGGCGCCCUGCGAGACGAACAUGAAGCUGACCAACAUCCCGCACUUCAAGGAGGUGGUGAUCAUGGCCACCGUCUGCGGUGCCUGUGGCCACAAGACGAACGAAGUGAAGUCCGGCGGCGGAGUGGAGGCACAGGGCGUCCGCUUCCGCGUGCAGAUAGUCACCAGGGAGGAUCUGACGCGCGAUGUGCUCAAGUCGGAGACGUGCAGCUUGUCUAUACCGGAGCUGGACCUCGAGGUGGGUCCGCAUGCCCUGUGCGGGCGAUUCACCACCGUCGAGGGUCUUCUGGUGGCCAUGCGGGAUCAGUUGGACGGCACGCUCUUCCACGACUCGGCCGACGAGACGACUAAGCAGCAGAUGCAGCGAUUCCUCGACACCUUCGAGGAUGUCAUGAAUCUGAAGCGAGUUAUUACGCUGGUCCUGGAGGAUCCGGCCGGCAAUACCUACGUGCAAUCGCUGAGCGAUGACGAUGCUGAGCCGGAUGACAAGCUGGCUGUGGAGCGGUACGAUCGCUCCUUUGAGGACAACGAGGAUCUGGGACUGAACGACAUGAAGACCGAGGGCUACGAGCAGGAGGCGUGAUGAACUCUACAUCCGCCAUCAGUUUAAGUCGCAUGAAAGUUACGGCUAGGCAGGAACGCAAUUAAUUCCAAAUCAAAUCAGUUUUUUAAAGGAUUAAAAGGAUGUUACUCAUUUUUAUAAGAAAAAUUCAAUGGCGAAAAAUUGUAUUUAUCAAAAUCAUUUUUUUUACGGAAGUGAUGAAUAUUAGUUUUCUGCAGCUUCUUUUAAGGAAUCCUAAGUAGCCAUACUAUAAAUAAAAUAAACAAAAUUAUAAAAAAU